AUGUUGAGAGACGCUGGAGUGGAACAGACACAUUAAUUAAUCGACAAAAUAGAAAUGAGAGUCAAAAACUUUCUCAAGACUCAAUCUACCAAGCAAAUAUAACCAUUGCAAUUAAACAAUUCAAAUUUAGACUUUAAUAAUAGACACAUAUCGAUGUAUUCAAAAAAAGAGAAGGGAGACUCUAACAUUUUCAGUCAAUUAGAAAAUAUUCCACCAUAGAAACAAUUGACAUAAUGUUCGAGAACAUCAGAUUGCCAAAUUCCAUUAUUGAAAGAAAUCUAAGAGAUUGAUCAAUCAUAUAAAAUUGAAAUCGAUUAACUCAAAAAUACAAUUGUACAACUUAAAUAAGUCAUUGAAGAGCUUAAGGAAUGUGUCACUGGAUUAACAUAACAGUUAGAUUUCAAAUAGAAAGAAGUUGAUUAAAUUAACAAAGAAAACGAAAAUAAUAAAAUUCUAGUGUAGACAUUACGAGAUGAAAAUUCCUAUCUAACAAGAGAAAUUUAACAGUUAAUGAAUGCAUAAAAUCCAGGCAAUCCUAAAGUUAGUUCUUUAACAAUUGAAGUUUAGGAGGAGAGAAAAAGAAGUGAAAAAUUAUAACUCGAAAUAAGUGAAAUCAAAUCAAGAGUUGAAAAAUAGAGAGAUUCUGCAAAAACGAAUUCAGACUUCUAAAUCAUAGAAAAAUUGGUUCAUAAGUUAGAGGAGGCUUAGGAAUAACAGCAACGUUAAAAUUAAUAGUUUAUGAAAUACGUAAUAUAAUAUUUGGAGAAAUAAUAAAAUCAGUCUUUGAGACCAAGCUCCACAAUAUUUUAGAGUAAUCACAAAAAACAAAAGUCUAGUUUAAAGAAAAAAUGA